GUAAAGAUUGCAGAAUCGACAUCGAAGAGUGCAGAAAGUAAUCCAUGCAAAUACGAUGGCAUAUGUCUCGAACGAAGUAAUACAAGUUUGUACCAGACGCCCGAUUCUCCACCGUGCUAG